UUUACCUUAUUAAUUCCUGCUUAACAAACAAGCCUAACAGUCUGGCAUAGAGAAAAAACCUAAUGUUCAAUCCCAAAUAGAUUUCGGAACCCUACCGGAUUAGCACGCAUUAAAUUUAUUCCGAUUUGAUUCAAUUUCUAGAGCGAGGAGCACUUUGGGUUUUCUGUAGGGCUAAAUGGGGAAGAGGAAGAAGAGAUCAUCCGAUAAAGUAUGGUGCUACUACCGUGACAGGGAGUUCGACGAUGAGAAGAUUUUGGUUCACCAUCAAAAGGCUGAACACUUCAAAUGCUGUGUUUGCCAUAAGAAGCAUUCUACUGCUGGCGGCAUAGCCAUUCACGUUCUCCAGGUUCACAAAGAAACCGUCAGCCAGGUACCAAAUGCCAACCUUCUGUCUACUGAUAUUGAAGUAUAUGGAAUGCAAGGAAUCCCAAGUGAUUUGUUAGAAGCUCACUAUGGAGAGGAAGAAGAUGAGUCCGCAGCUAAAACUGCCAAAGUGGACAUUCCAUCAUCCCAGUAUCUUGGUGGUGCAAUUCUAGGAUAUCCUCCCUGAGCAAUUUUUAGCAUAGUGCCACCACUAGGGAGUUUCCCACAGGAGAACCCUUCUGGAUUAGCCUCAAUGCCUUUGUAUAAGUCCUUCAAAUGACUCUUUUAUUGAAACGAAUGUCCCUUGCAUUCACAACAACCUUCAUCUGCGAGCAAAGUAAUGUUCAUCAUCUGCUGAAGCUUCAAUUCUGGACAAGGUAACAACUGGUGAUUUUUCUGAAACAUUCUUAUUCUCAUUCUUCCGCUGACAUCUUUUCUUCUCUUAGUUUGUGAGUUUUCAAAUGGUGCUUAGUUAUAAGUUGUAGGUUGUUACGUUAUAUUGAUGAUUAAUUGACUAUUACCUUUCAUUUUUCUACUUCCUCUAAUGACUGUUCGGGCCAAGUGAACCAUCAAGAGUACUGAUUUGUCUCCGGUGUAAGCAAUCUUGAAUUUACCCAACUUCGAUUGAAAAUUUUAAUGUGAGAGUUCGCAAUUUUUGUUCUUAGUUUUUUUUUCAUCUUUAUAAUGUAAUCGUUACUAUAUUUAUGGUUGUCUUGUAAUUAUGAUAUACUUUUACAAAUUGGGGUAUUGUGGUUCUUGGUUUGGCUUCUAUAUUGAUUUCACAUGAAUAAAUAUUUAUAAAAAGUUUUAGCCCUAAACUUUGUCAUAUAGGCACUAAAAACCUAUUUCAUAAGUUCGCUCACAAUAUUUAUAGUAAUGAGUUCGUUUAACAUUUAUUAUUCUCAAAUAAAGUUGAAGAUGGAUACAUGAAGUAGUUGAUUCUACUACUAACCUUUUUUUAUAAUGCUUGUAGCAAUUUCAUGUUUAAUGAUACUUGACUUUCAGGAUGAGUUGUUCACCUUUCAAUUAUUGGUCCAUGAUCAUUAGCAAUUGUUCCUCUUUACCUCUUCUUUAUCAAUUUAUGUGUUCCUCCAUUCUGAUUCUUUUAUAGAUAUGGGUUACGUUGUCUACCUUUUCGAUUGAGUUUAUUGACACUUUAUCUUUUAAAUCUUUUUCCUACUCAUUUUUUUAAUUUCCCAUGUUAAUGUGGGGUUGCCUGCUGAUCUAAUGAAUCAUAUAUGAGGUUGUGAAGUUAUAGACAUUUUUCGAGUACAUGUUGAAGAACAUGGUUCCAAACUUUUUUUGCUUGGCCUCUUUCAAUUUGUGUCAUUCAAAAUUCUGAUUUAUGUUAGUAGCGGUCUUCAUGUAAUAUGUUCUGUUUGGAUGGAGUCGGGGCUGCUGUCUAAUAUAUAUUCUUAGACCUUAAAUUAAUAUAUACUGUGUGUAUUAUGCUUAAUUAUAAUUGUGUACUUCCUUUCCUAUUGUCAUUUAGUCCC